AGUCAAGUAGGCCGUCUGUCUGCUAGCUGCUGCUGCAUUCACAUUGCUAUAUGAGUGCGACGUACGCGUGCAUCAGCGUCUCCGCAACGGGAGACACCGCGACAAGCGCGCGGCGGUGCAACGCAACGGCAACGAGCAGCACCUAUCGCUCUGCAAACCAAGCCAAGCAAGGCCGUGCCGUGUGCUGGACCGCGCGCUCGACUCGCCAUGCUGCUGCUCAUCUGUGGUGCCAAUGUUAAGAGAAC